AUGUCCGACGGAGUAUUAUCAUACAAAAAACCAGGCAGCAGAGCUGCUGAGGAAGCGCCACACUCAACUGCCAGCCAAUCUUCGCAAUCUCCUACUACUCUACCAGCUGGAGGAACAUUGCUGGCACCUGCAAACCGUAAGGUUCUGGCGGGAAGAAAGAAAUUGCAGGAAUUCUAUCAUCUACAAGCGGAAUUGAAGGAGAAGGAAGAAAAGGAAAAGGAAAAGCAGAAGCAAGAAGGUGGAACUGUAGCCAGUGAACUGCUUGACCCAGUGACUGUGACCACCGAAAACUCGCUUGAAUUGUUGAACAGCCCUGAAAAGUUGUCCAGCUACCUUAAUUCGAACUCCAUUCAUGACAUUCUCAAGCUCAGGAACUCCAUAGCUCACAAUCUCAACUCGCACGAUUCUGAAAAGAAGUCGAUCAUAUACGAUAAUUACUAUGAGCUUAUUAAGCUAAGCGAAAUCUUGGGUAGCCUUGCCAACCACAAGAGUAAGAGCACCACCAGCAGCAGCAACAUUGGCCAGUUCGGCCAGGGGAUUAAUUUACACAAUAAAGUGGUAGACGGGAAGAAUCUUGAAGCAACAUUCCAGGAACUCAUAUCGUUUGUGGACACUGAUGUAUCUUACUUCAACUCAAAGUUCGAAGAUUUGGUUGAGAAGUCAAUCGACGUACCGAGUGACGAUUCCAGCAGCAUUAAGACCAUUAUUGGAGGAAAAGACGAAGAAGAUGUAGAAAUCAACACUUCUGCCCUUGAGCGGGAGAUCAAUUUGUUGCUAGCUUCAGAUGUGCCCGUCAGCCAGGAAGAAAAGGCUUCCUUGGUCACAAAUAUCAAUGUGCUAUUGGGUGAGUUGGAUGGGAAGAACAGUUUGCUUUCAAACCAGUUGAAAGCAGUGGUAGCAAGAUUCAGUGCUGUGGGAUGA